AUGGCCACCCUAAAAGAGAAGAGAACUUGUGGGCAGCGAUGUGAAGACUUUGGCCAUUUUGUCUGGAACUCCGACAAUGGGACAUUGAUGGGGAGAACGCCAGAGAAAUGGGUGUACAUCAGUCUGUAUUAUGUGGCCUUCUACGUGGUGAUGACAGGUCUCUUUUCUCUGGCCAUCUGGACGCUCAUGUACACCUUGGAUCCGUACGCCCCUGACUAUCAAGACCGGCUAAAAUCUCCAGGGGUGAUGGUGUGGCCCGACACUUAUGGAGAGGAAGUUGUUGAAAUCUCCUACAACACAUCAGACAAGGCCAGCUGGAUGAAGAUGACCAACAUCCUACAUAAGUUCCUGGAGCCCUACAAUGACACCAAGCAGCUUGAAUGUAACAACUAUAACUGCACUAAGGGAAAGUACUUCAUCCAGAACACCUUCUCUGCCCCUCACCACACCAAGUGGGCAUGUCCCUUCAUGCAAAGCAUGCUGGGAGCCUGCUCAGGAUUUGAGGAUCCAACCUUUGGCUACAACAGCACCAUGCCUUGCGUCAUCAUUAAGAUGAACAGGAUCAUUGGGUUUUUGCCUUCUAAUCACACUGACCUUCCCCCAUAUGUCAACUGCACUGUACUGGAAGGAGAGGACAAUGUGGCCAAUGUCGAGUAUUUUCCUGAGAGGGGACUUCUGGAUCUCUCUUACUUCCCAUAUUACGGAAAUCUGGCACAGCCUACCUACGUCAACCCGUUGGUGGCUGUUCGGUUCAGCCUGGUCAAAGAGAAGCACGCCAAGAUCCAGUGCAGAGUGGUCUCCGACAAGAUCAGCUACGAAAACUUCCAUGACCCCUAUGAGGGAAAAGUCAUCUUCUACCUCAAAGCAGUGAAAUGAGCAACAGAACAGAGCCUAAAGAUUUCCUAUAGUCAUGUAACAACUCACCUGUCAGUAUCAAAGACAGAGCAGGUGUCUACAGAUCAUUUGUGAUUAUUACUUAACAACCUGUAAACAAACUUAACCGAACAGCGUAGGCCCACUUGUAAAUCUCUGUGCUGUGUGGUGCUUUUGUUUAAACUUGAUUUAUCAUGCUUUGAGUGAUUCAUGACCUUCUUUAUCAUGUGAUUUGUAGGUUUAACCAUGAUAUGUAAUCUAAAUCUAUUGUUAUCCAUCUUAAUAUUGUUGUCUAUUGUUAUGUAACCCGGUGCACUCAAACAAACUUAACCUUUGUCUGCAUGUCUCCUCUCCUCUCCUCAUACUCAAGAAAGAAAACACAAAACUCUGAGGAUGUCGGACGGAAACAAACUACUAGAUUCUUGUAAGGUCUUUCUAAAUAAAAACUCAUGCCAGUUGA